AUGGGGACAAUCAUGAAUGAGGUGAAGGAGUCUCUGAGACACAUAGAGCAGAAGUACAAGCUCUUUGUGCAGCAGCAGUUUACAUUUAUUGGAGCUCUGCAACACACCCGAGAGAAUGCACACGACUUGAUCAGACCCGUGGCAAGCAUCAGCCAGGUGCGGUCCUACAUGGACCAUCACUGUAACAAUUCCACAGACAGGCGUGUCCUCAACAUGUUCCUAAACAUCUGCCAUGACCUGAGCAAGCUCUGCCACACGCUGGAAAUGCUGUAUUCUGGUAGCAGCCUAACUGAUGGAAUUUUGGAGCAAUGCAAGCUGCUCCUUAGCGACAGCAACGAUCUGAGCAGCAUCCGAGCCAAAUACCCCCAUGACGUUGUGAAUCACCUGAGCUGCCAUGAAGCAAGGAAUCAUUAUGGAGGUGUGGUGAGCCUCAUUCCUGUCGUUCUGGACUGCAUGAAGGAGUGGGUAGCCCACGUUGAGAAGCUGCCACGGCACAGGCUGUGUAAUGGUCUGGCACGCCGAGAGGCUGGGGAACAGCUCGGCCCCCGGUGCCAGGGGCGGUGCUGGGCUCCAAGGGAACGAUUGAAGGGAAGAGGGGAAUCUCAGCACCCCCAAAAUGUCAUUCGAGCCGCUGCGGAGCGAGUGGCGAGCUUCGCGGGGCCUCUAGCGGCCGCCUUCGGGAAGCACCGCGGGGCGAGCGGUGACUCCCCCGUUCCGCCCCACCAACCGCCAGCGGGCACAGGCUCCCGACAGCGAGAUUUUGCCCACUCUGAAGGGCCCUUCGGGGUCGCUGAGACGGAUCAGACCCCCAGGCAGAGGCAGGCAGGAGCCCCGGGGGCUUCCCCGCGCCCCGACGUGGUCACCGGCGCCGCUGCUCUCAGCGGGCUGGGAUCGGUUGUCCCUCGCCACCACCCCAAGGCUGCUUCGUGCCCCAGGAGCUCUGAACUCGCUCGGCGGUCUCACACCAGGGUUUCGGCUGAGAUUUUAGCCCAGAGCCAGCCCAGCCCUCCGAGGAAACCAGGAGCCGGGGCUGGCAGACGUUGGACAUCACCAGGAUGUCAGAACUAG